ACGGCCAUUUACAGUCCAAAGCAAGAUUCUGCCCGUUCUGUGCUCGCUCGUCUGCGCCUUGCUUUUUUGUCUGCCACCAUUUCUAGUCACUGCAGUCUCCGGGCAUCUCUCUCUGCCCGGGGGCAGCGCGCAGCCGCGGCCUAACCUCCUUUCGGGCCCGCCCCCGGGAAGUCACUUCCGGCCCGAGUGCUUCCGGGUCGCCGCUGGCCCCCGGGUACUGGUCUCUGUACCCUGCUGCCGGCCGGAGAGCGGAGAGCCCAGCGGGGCCCGGCCCGGGCGGCGGCCGCGCCUCCCGUUUGCGUCCUUAUCGGGGCGCCCUCGGCGGCAGUCGGGAGCACCGCGCUGGUCCAGCAGGCAGCAUGUCAGGGCUUUUGGUGAUAUCCCUGCCUGCCACCGAGAAGCCAUGGAGGAGAUGAGGUAGCCUCCUGGAUCAGAUGGGGAAGCCCAGUUCAAUGGAUACAAAAUACAAGGAUGACUUAUUUCGGAAGUAUGUGCAGUUCCACGAGGGCAAAGCGGACACCACUCCCAGCAAGCAGCGGCCUGGCGGCGAUGAGUACCUCCGCGUGGCGGCUUCGACCCUGCUCAGCCUGCACAAGGUGGAUCCCUUUUAUCGAUUCCGGCUGAUCCAGUUCUAUGAGGUGGUGGAGAGCUCCCUGCGCUCGCUGAGCUCCUCCAGCCUGCGGGCUCUGCACUGCGCCUUCAGCGUGCUGGAGACGGUGGGCAUCAACCUCUUCCUGUACCCGUGGAAGAAGGAAUUCCGAAGCAUCAAGACCUACACAGGCCCUUUCGUUUACUAUGUCAAGUCCACGCUACUGGAAGAGGACGUCCACACCAUCCUGAGCUACAUGGGCUAUGAGCCUGAGCUGGGGACUGUGUACAAGCUCAAGGAGCUUGUGGAGAGCCUCCAGGUGAAGAUGGUCGCCUUCGAGCUCUUCCUGGCCAAGGUGGAGUGUGAGCAGAUGCUGGAGAUUUACUCGCAGGUGAAGGACAAGGGCUACUCUGAGCUGGACGUCGUGAACGAGCGCAGGAGCAGUACAGAGGAUGUGCGCGGCUGUUCUGAUGCCCUGCGGCGGCGGGCCGAAGGCCGGGAGCACCUGACCACUUCCAUGGCCCGAGUGGCGCUCCAGAAGUCGGCCAGCGAGCGGGCGGCCAAGGACUACUACAAGCCCCGCGUGACCAAGCCCUCCAGAUCUGUGGAUGCCUAUGACAGCUACUGGGAGAGCAGAAAGCCGCCCCUAAAGGCCUCGCUGAGCCUGCGGAAGGAGCCGGGGGCCGAUCUGGGGGAGGACCUGCAGGACGAGAUCAUCCGCCCGUCCCCAUCGCUCCUGACCAUGUCCAGCUCACCCCACGGCAGCCCCGAUGACCCUCCUCCCACCUCCCCCAGCAACGGCCUCGGGCUGCUGCGCAGCACCUACUUCUCCGCUCAGGACGAUGUGGACCUGUACACCGACUCGGACACCAGGGCUGCGUACCGCAGGCAGGACGCUCUGCGGCCGGACGUGUGGCUGGUUAGGAACGACGCCCACCCCGCCUACCACAAGCGCUCGCCCCCCGCCAAAGAGUCUGCCCUCUCCAAGUGCCCAAACUGCGGCCUGGCCUGUAGCGCUCCCCUCUGCCAGCGCUGUGACAGCCUGCUUGCCGGCCCCCCGACCCCCAAGGCCAGCGCCUUCCCCAUCAAGGCUGCCGCCCUCGACAGCCUGGGCCACGGGGCACCUCUGCGGGAGAAGCACUCGGGCCAGGCUCAGGCCCUUGACCGGCUGCCACCCUUGCACUCCAAGUCCAAGCCGUCCACAGCAGCCACCUCGCGCUGUGGCUUCUGCAACCGCCCAGGUGCCACCCACACCUGCACCCAGUGCUCCAAAGUCUCCUGCGACACCUGCCUCAGCGCCUACCCUUACGAUCCCUGCUGCAAGAAAAGCGAGCUGCACAAGUUCAUGCCCAACAGCCAGCUGAACUACAAGGCCACGCCGUUCUCCCACCUCGUGUUCAGAUAGGCCCCGGCACCUCCCGCUCCAAGGGCUACCCCUGACCUCCAGUUCCUUGCAAAGGCGCACUAACGCAUCCAGCAGAAGCGGAGGCCUGGACCUGACCGUGGAGGUGGCGGGGAUCCGGCUGGCUGCACCUGUUUGGGAGUCCACUUAGGGCCUCCUUUCAGCCGACCAGGAGAGGUGGCACUUAUUCCGCGCAGCUUUGCUGAUCUCCGCACUCCCUGUUCAGUUGAGUUUGGGUUCCGUUUGGUUUUGCUCUUUCCUCUGAGGAGGAUUCUCUCUCCGGGGUCCCCCCCACCCCCCGCAGUGAGACGGAAAGGCCCCUGCGGUCCCCUCCAGAUGCCCACCUGCAGCAGCGAGCUAGAGGCCUGUUGGCUCGGGAAAUGAGCCCUCCUGCCACACUGGGCCUCUCCUGACGGCUCACCCGCUGGCCAUGCGUCCCGAAUGCAAGGAUCCCAGCCAGGCUCCUGGCCCCCCAACCUUCCUGCCCCUCCCCGAGUCAGAGGUGAGGGGCGAGGCCGGUGUUGCCCAGUGUCCUCAGGGCGUUGCCACCGCAACUGUGUCAGCCAGGGUGUCUGCGAGCCUCCCCCGACACGCUGGGACCGGACUCCGCAGCAGGACCGACCUCUGUCCCUCUCUGUUGUUUGCACAUGUCCCUCUUACUGUACUGUACAUAGAUAUUUUUGAGAUUUAUUUUUAAAUAAAUAUUCAACUUGCUAUGUGUUUCAAUGAAAGUGGUUAAAAGUUAAUUAUGUAGCUAUUUAUAAAGACGCCCUGGGUUCUCAGUCUUCCAGGGGCGGCCUCGUGCCCUUCGCUGUUGUGUCCUCCACUCCCCAGGGUGGGGUGGAGCCCGCGACCGCUUUGCUCCAGUCGGGGGAGAGCCACUGUCCUGCCGCAGGACCUCGAUACACCUACCUCCAGGGCGCACUCGCACUCGGGCGGGGUUAGCGGGGGACUGAGGUCUGGCCCAUGGACUGCGACGACGACCGGUGGCGGUUCCAGGACCUCGCCCCUCGGAUGACAGCCCUGGUCUUGCACCCCAGACUUCCCGGACUCGUCCAGGAGGAAGUCCGCGGGGCUCCCGCUGCCCAGUCCCCGGGUUCCCAGCACUCACCUGCAGCGGCGCUGUCCACUCCUUUGCACUAACAGCGGGCAGCUGCCGGUGCGCCCCUCGCCUCCGCCUCCUGACCGAAGGCCCUGCGUCCCCGUGGGAGUCACGAGAUCAGGAUUUCCCUCUUGGGGUCAGAACAGGAGUGGGGCAACGAUCAGAGAACGAGCUGCCUCCUUGUGAACUUCUGUUUUAGCCAUAAUUGUCUGAGCUGCACUCUCGGCUGGGAAUUUCUGCACCGCGGGGUUUCUGGGAAGAAGAAGCGUUCAGCUCCUGAGCGGGUUUGAAUCUGGCUGAACCUGAGGCCACUGUGAAUUUGCCGAUGUUCUUCCAACUCAGUCGAGUGGUUUUAAGGUUUUCCAAAUCUUCUACGGCCCCUUUUUAUAUCUCUCUGGAAGAUCCCGUGUAGAUAAACAGUGUGUAUAUAGAGUUGAGUCCCAGCGACUUUGUUACUGAGGACCAGCCUGUCGGGCAUCCAUCGUGCUGUGCUUCCUUCUCACGUUUCGGAACUGGGACGCCUGACCCACUUGAGAGCUCUAGUUUUCUAGUUUCCCAUUUCUAGAUCACUCAACAUUACAGUAACUUAGCUCUUCACCAACUGUGAUGCCACAUCAUUUACGGUGGGCAAAUUUGUCCUAAAAAACCAAGUCUAGUGUACCUGCCAUCAUGGAAAUACUGUGUUCAUAGACGGGAGUAGGAGUCCUGCGGCCACCCUCCUCCUCGCUGUGUAUCUUACUGUAUGGGGCUGCUGUGAUUAAGGUAGUUAAGUAUAUGCUAAUUUAAAACACAGAUGUUCUGCAUUUGAUUCCUACCCAGAGUUGAAAUGUUGAGAGAUGAUUUUAAAAUAUAAUAAAAGUGUCUUCCAUUGUUAAAUGAA